AUGGAGGACUCUACAGUGCCUUAUUUUAAGUCAGAUGUUGCAAACCCUUUGGAUACUAUUAGGGAACACUUACAAACAUCGCUAACGAUAGAAGACGAAUCUGAACAGUUAACUAUGGAUACAGACGAGUCACGGUCACACUCAACUGCUAACGAGGAGGAAUCAGUAACUCGGGCAACUUUGGACAGAGAACCGCUGGGCUGCUCUCUGACCACCUCCGACGAGGGACAGGAGCAGGAGACUUUGAUCAGUUAUACUGAUGUCCGUGAAGUGACGGGUGAGGUUGGUGAACCGGAGCAGUUGUCGGAGGAAAGACCAGACUCUUCUCUGAGGAAACCUCUCCAGUCUUAUGUGGAUGGGACCUUACCAGAUCUGUUGAGAAGCGGAAGCCCUCUUCGCAGACGGGUAUCGAGCCCUGUAUCUGACACGUUGAAGCAAGUGCGCAGGGAGGUGGAGCUGUCACGCCGCCGUAGCCUGAGGCUGAAGGCUCAGGUGGAGAAGCUGCAGGAGAAGAACCACGAUGGCCCAGGCUGGAGUCAACACAGAGAGCGGGUAACAGAGGAGGUUCAGUCCAUUCUGAGGCUGCUGCUUCCACUCACAGACCUCAACCUGAACCCUGUUGAGUCCUCCUCUCCAGAGCACCAGCUAGACUCCAUUCUGCUCCAGCUACAGCAUGUGGCACGGAAACUAGCACUCGACCACACCUCUCAGAAAAAGAAUAAAGAUGGAGAUUCAGGUCAUGAUGCAGCUGUUUUACAACAAGCACUACGUGACAGAGAUGAUGCUAUAGAAAGGAAAAAAGCUAUGGAGGCAGAGCUUCUGCAGAGUAAGACAGAGCUGAUGUUACUCAACAACCAACUUCUGGAGGCUGUGCAGCGCAGGCUGGAGAUAUCAUUGGAGCUGGAGGCCUGGAAGGAUGACGUUCAGUACAUACUCAACCAUCAGCUGCAAAGUCAGCAGCAAGCCGAGCAGAGCCAAAGAAAACCCAGCCGGAUGGGUGUCUUGCGACGGGGAAACAAAGUCGGCUCCAAGAAUGCCUCCCCUGCCACUCCUUCAGUUUCCUCAGGUCCCCCCUCCACCCCCAACACACCAAUUGCACAGCGAUGGAAAGAGAGACUGCGACGAGGGAGGACCGCUCGCCAAAGUGACAGCUCUGACCAGUUCCCCAGCCGAGAAUCCCAAGCCCCAACCGGUGGCAUUGAAGACACUUUUCACACAAUUUCUCUAGACUGA